UGUUCGUUUGAUCCCGUGGCAACGCUUCCUGUUAUCCUAGCAACCGACUCGGCGGCCCUGCAGUCCAGUGAGCUGGUACAGCCGGAGGCAUCUGGAUCGGAACUGCUCGGAGAGAAGGAGCUUUGCGAUUUGGGGGCCCUUGACGAGUGUUCGGUUGGGACAGAGAAACAUUACAGCAGCACAGCAGGAUGCAGGAAAAUGUACCUACAGAGGUCAGUGCAGUUCCUCCUCCAAGUCAUGUAACAGUAAGAAAUCCUGCCGCUAAUCCCCGACGAAUGCGACGACUUAUUGCUGAAGAUCCUGAAUGGAAUCUAGCCAUAGUUCCACAGCUCACAGAGCUCUGCAUCCAGCACAUAAUCAACAAUUUUGAAAAGAAUCCUAUCUUGGAAAGGCUACUUCGUGAUCACCAAAAGAAAGUGCUAGAAAAGAUUUCCACAAGCCUACCCCUUACUGUGACUGCAAAUUUGAUCAGUGAUGAAGGCUACUGGAAACGGUGCUGUACUGGAAGAUGGACAGUUUGUGAUGUAUCUGCCUAUGGAAACAGUUGGAAACGGAUGUUUUUUGAACGUCAUUUGGAAAACAUUUUAAAGUUUUACAUUCCAGAUACUACUAGUCCCAACGAAGUUCUGGAUCUCAUUCCACUCUGCAAGGAAUAUGUGAAAAAACUAGAGAUUGACCAGUUCCUUCCACCAGUGAAGCUGGAUCAAAAGAAGGAAGAUGAAGAUGUCUCUGAUACUGAAAGUGAUGCUGGACUAGAUGAACCUUCUAUGGACCAUUUUGAUUUGAGCCUGCUUGUUCCUGCACUCCCUCAUCUUGAGGAGCUUCAUCUUUCAUAUGGUGUUAAAGACUGUGGCAUGAAUUUUGAAUGGAAUCUUUUUGAAUUCACUUAUCGGGAUUGUUGCUCACUGGCCAGUGCUAUUAAGAAAUGCCCAACUUUAAAAGUGUUCAAGCUGACCCGGAGCAAAGUGGAUGAUGACAAAGCCAGGAUACUGAUCCAACACCUAUUAGACCACCCUUCACUGGUAGAAUUAAACUUAUCCCACAAUUUGAUUGCAGACAGAGGAGCACGAGCUAUUGGCAAGCUAAUUAAUCGCAGUAAGAUGGUAACCCUUAACAUCUGUGAUAACAGGAUUCGGGCACAAGGAGCCCAAGCUAUAGCUCAUGCACUGUCCAAGAAUUCUAUUUUGAUGUCACUCAAUUGCCGCCUCAACUGCAUUGAGGAUGAGGGAGGCCAAGCCAUUUGCCAUGCUCUGCUGCUUAACAGCACACUGACCACUCUCCACUUGGGUGGCAAUGAAUUGUCAGAACCAACAGCCACUCUUUUCUCUCAAGUCUUGGCUCAGAACACUACUUUGUCUCAUAUCAACCUCUCCUGCAACCACAUUGGACUAGUAGGUAACCUUUCUGAAAUGGGAGUAUAUGUUUCUUACACAGUGCUUAGAUUUUUGGAAGUAUUGUCGUACAAUCUUGUCAGGAAAUUAGAUAUGAAGGAUAAAGCUGGGACAUUGGUUGGGAAGAAAAUUGGUCUGGUCUACACAUUCAGGAGAAUUCCUAGAUAUAAAAGGCAUCACAGAGACAAGUUCUUAGCAGAAAGCAGUUGACUUUUCUUCUUGCAGAAAGCAAGUCCAACUGAUAAAAUUUUACCUUCUCAAUUUUUGGCUAUUUUUUUAAAAAAAAUUGCAGUUGAAAACCCUGACAAAUAAGAAUACUGAUGAAGUUUAUGCUGAUAAAGAAGAAAGAAACAUACUUUUUUUUUUUUUUUUCUGGAGUCCUUGAGUACUUCUUGGCAAGAAUCUCUAAAACAUCCUUUUCUACAUUAGGCAGUUAUUUGCUAAGGUGCCUCAAGUCCAAAAUAGGUAGCAAAGCAGAAAAUGCCUCUGUGCUGGAUGCCACUUCCUAUAACACUUGUGUAGGAAGCAGAGCAGAUAACUGGUCAACCAGCAAUGUGAGGAGAAGCUGGGUGAACCAGCAUCAAUGCUCUCAUUUAAGAACUGGGUAAACUGUAACACAAUGAGGAGGAGUCUUUUUGAUCUAGUGUUGGCUUUUGUUUUUAGAAAGUUCAAUUUGCAAUUGUAUCUGCAGAUUGAAAUCCUAUAAUACAAUAUAUUUUUUCACUUCAGAUGUAGUCAAAUAUCUCAUUUUUUUUAUCAUUCUGUGGCAGAUUAAAUGUUGAACGAGACAGCAAGUUUGGUGUAAUAGUGAAGGCAUUAGGCUCAAAACCAGGUGACCUGAUUCUACUCCCAACCUGGGCACAAUGCCAAUGGGGUGACUUUGGGCUGGUCACUUUCUCUCGGUCCUAGAAAGGAGGCAAUGGCAAACCACUUCUGAAAAACCUUGCCAAGAAAACUGUGGGGACUUUCCCAAGGAAUCUCUGAGAACCAGAAAUGAUAAGAAAAAAGUGUUGACCUGGGUAGUUUCAGGCUUAUUGGCUAAACUUAUAGUACUGCAGAAGUUAUCUUUGUUGCAGGAAUCAACUUAGUGAACAAAUCAGUCUGGUUUACUUCUGUAAAUACAUAGCUUGCAAUUCAGCAUUAGACACCAUUUUACUUAGAUUAAAAGAUGUAACUUCCUUAUUUCCAUAAUGUUAAUAAUUGUAACAUUAAGUUACGGGCAUUUGCCAAGCUUGGCUUUUCAAUAGAAGCAUUUUGUUGCUUGCCUUGGAUUUCAGACAUUGCUUGAUUCUCAGUAGAUGUCUCUUCCCUAUUUUGGCAGUCAAACCAGUAUUUAGACUAUCAGCAUCCAAAUAGCUUAUAUUACCAAAUACGUAAUGCUCACAUUCAUUAUAACAUUAAUA